AUUGCAUGGCGCCGACAGACUGCGGUCGCUGACUUUCUGCGGCUUUAUGGAUGGGACCCUGCUUGGAAUCAACAAGGACUCGGCGGUUCAGGGGGAAUAUCGUGGCUCAAAUGAAACACUGAACUAACUCACCAUGGGUCUCCUGUCCCCCUUUCUUCUGCCGGCAUCAUCUGGUUACUAUCAUCUCUUUGGGCUUUUUGUACUCAACGUGUGCAUAUCUCUUGCCCAGUUUGCCCCAGAAUGCUACCCAGGAGGAUAUCGCAUUCUUCGGAGCUCUUACCGCAGCAUUCACUUUGAUUCUAUUGAGCUGCAGCAAUUUGCAAUCCAGGACCUUAUAUGUGAUCAUUCCCUGACACCUGGAUGGUACCGCUUCAUGAUCGGAGAUAAGCCAGCAGAAAUGCCAACCAAAUGUAUAGAAAUGAAUAAGUGUGGCACACAAGCUCCAGUUUGGCUUUCUCUUAAAGACUCCAACUCGUUGCCUCGUCCUGGUGAAGUAAAGAAACUAACAGCCUGUGCUACAUGGCAAUUCUUCAUGGGCAGCACAAAGGACUGCUGUUUAUUUCGGAUCCCUGUCUCUCUUAGGAACUGUGGAGCCUUCUUUGUUUAUUACCUUCAACCUACUCAGGGAUGCAUGGGUUACUGUGCUGCCGAAGCAAUUACGGAAGCAAAGCCACUGUCCUGUGCUCCAGGGGGAGUGAAAAUAGAUGGAACCUGUCAAGCUAGGCUUCUUGAUCUGCCUGACAAACCACUGAUUACCCCAGAGUUAGUGGGCACCAGCAUCCAUCUGAAGUGCACUUAUGAGAGCCGUGCUAUAAACAGUACCGUAGGAUAUGUGGUGGUGUGGUCCCGGCUUUCCUCACUCCACAUGAAGGAAGAGAUAAAGAGGGACACGACCCUACAGCUGUUCUCAUUUGUGGAGAUGGAUGGAAUGACCUUAAAAUUGGGAGAUACGGUUUACUGUAGAGUAUCAACCUUCUUACGGGAUUCUCCAGAUAUACGCAGUUUGUCCAUGGAUAGUGAACCAUUCUUUGCUGGAAUUAAGUUUGAACCAGUGUCUUUGCAAAUCGCAGAAGAUGGCAAGGAGCAUUCUUUGUUGAUCCAAAGCACUAUCCCUAUUUCUUGUUUGGAAGAUAGUCAGAAUCUAAAUAAUUGUAAAAUAACAUUGCAACUCACCACCAAUGAUUCAGACAGUCUGGGUUCCACAACCCUGAAUGUAGCACUCUCCUCAUGCCAGGUGGAUUUAGUGCAGAUGCCUUGUAUGAGUGGCAGCUGUGCAAGAAGCUCUCUUUCUGUGAUGGCUGUGACUGAUUUUGCCCGAGAUGGAAAUCGUGUCAGCAAUAUUAAGAUUGAGCCUAUUAAAUCAAACAAUCUUCUGUGGCGGGGUUACUCCCCAAAAGAUAUAAAGGUGAUUGUUCAAGACAUCCCAACGGGAAACUGUUAUUCUUUCACUGAUCCCCAUAUUAUUACUUUUGAUGGCAGACGCUAUGACAACCAUAAAACUGGGACUUUUGUGCUGUACAAAAGCCUUUUGCGAGAAUUUGAAGUCCAUGUGCGUCAGUGGGACUGUGGCAGCCGCCACUAUGCUGUAUCGUGUAACUGUGGAGUGGUUGCCAGGGAAGGCGAUGACAUCAUUGCAUUUGACAUGUGCAAUGGGCAUUUUCAAGAGACCAGGCCUCAUCUGUCAGUCAAAAGCAGUGGAUCAGAAUCACAUCAUGUCAAAAUAAUGGACGCACACCAGGGAAAGAAGAUCACUAUCAUGUUCCCUUCAGGGGCAUUUGUCCGCGCAGAUGUGAGUGACUGGGGAAUGAGCAUAACAGUACGGGCGCCAAGCAUUGAUUUCAACAACACUCGAGGUCUUUGUGGGAUCUUUGACCGCAACAGUAAUAAUGACUUCCACGGUACCGAUGGAACUCCAAUGGCAGGUGCACAUUGGAAUAACGACCCCAAUGAUUUCAUUGAGGAAUGGAGAAUACAUCCAGGGGAAAGUUUAUUUGACAAGUCUCCGCCAGCCUCUGUGAGAGAGAAAAGAAGAAAUUAUUGCAAUUGUCAGAAGGAAUAUACAAUGUCACUCCAUUCAUUUAACAAGUUGACCAAUGGAUACGGUCAUUCUCAUCAAUCAUCUUGUUGCCAGGCCUACGACAAUGUGGAUUUUACUUCAAUGAUUCCUUUUUUGGAUAUUACUGCAGAAUACAUACGUAAUCCUGAACUGUCAUUGUUCAAAAAGCGUGAUGUAACCCAGUCUUCUGAAAUGUCAGAGGGACAUGCACAUUUGUUAAAAUAUGUUCAAACUCAAGGCCUCAAAGGCAACCUAUUUACUUCUACUGAUCAGUCAGUGGGAUUUUCCAGUUGGCCAGACAUAGUUGAUUUUAUUGAACCAAAGGUUAGAUUGCGUAGAGUGAAAAGGCAGGGUUAUUACGAAUACCUACCAAUAUUCACAUUCCAGAGCCUAAGUCAAACUGAUCUGGAAAGCUUUACUUACUUUUUCCCAGAAGACCAUUUAUCCGCAAACCGGCCAGAUGUGCAGCCAACAUGGCCAACUCCAAGUGGAUUGACAUCAGCCAAGGCCCUUGAAAUUUGCCAACAAGCCAUAAGAAACUCUACAAUUGGUGUACUGUGUCAAGAUCUUCUUGGAAGAAGGCUCAUUGAGGCUGUGGACCUAUGCAUUUCAGACUUGCAACUUAAAGAUGAUCUUGCUUGGGAGGAAGGGAUGCUGGCAUUUCUUAACAACGAAUGUGAAAGAAAGCUUUUAGAAAAUAGGGUUAAAUGGACCCAUGGAACAGAUGGUCCACAAGUUGAUGAGAUUGUUACAGCUCUCCGAUGUCCUAAUCUGUGCAGUGGGAAUGGACAGUGUACAGCAUGGGGCUGCCAGUGCUUUGCUAAGUACAGCUCCUAUGACUGCAGCAUUUCUAAUGAUCAGCCUCCUGAGAUUACUGAUCUGGAGAAUGGAGGGCUUUGUGAUAUUCGAAUCUACGAGUGCAACAGUAUCAGAGUAUUUGGCCUAGGCUUCAGAGACUCUCCUGAUCUCCAAUGUGAAGUUACCACUGUAAAGCAUGUGAAUAAUGAAUGGAUUCCAGGAGUUAGACAGAUAACAAAGGCCAUGUUCCUUAGUACCAAGGCGGUUGAUUGCCAAAUUCCUGUGCUGACAAAUAUGGCAACUGAGACUGUGGACUUCAUGUUCUCAGAUAAACCUUUUGCCAGAUGGCAAAUCAAGAUUACAAAUGAUGGAUCCUUGUUCAGUGACUCGAAAGUCCUGACACUUUAUGAUGGUGUUUGUCAGAUUUGUGAUAGCAUGCCUCAUGGACUUUGUAAGUUGAAGGAAAAGACCUGUAAUAUAGAUGGCCUAUGCUAUGGUGAAGGAGACACAAACCCAACAAGCCUUUGUUUACAUUGCAGGCCUGGCAUAUCCAAAUUCACCUGGUCUAUAAAUGAAAACAAUCAGCCACCAAUUUACCAGGCGACCACAGCUAAGCUCCAGACCUUCUUUGGUGAAAAUUUUGUUUAUCAGUUCACAGCUGUGGACCCAGAAGGGUCAGCUGUACUAUUCUUGCUGGAAUCUGGACCACAGAAUGGCAGCCUAUCACCUGCGGGACUUCUGAUCUGGAAAGUGAAUUCUCAAGAGUCUAGCAACUUCAGUUUUACGGUGUCUGACGAAUGCAAUGCACAAAACACGUAUUCAGUUCAAGUUGCAGUGAAGCCAUGUGGCUGCAUUAAUGGUGGAACAUGUGUUACAAAUAUCAAUUUCCCCCCAGGAAGUGGUGAAUACCUCUGUGUGUGUCCUGUUGGUUUUGAAGGGGAGAUUUGCCAGGAAAACACAGAUGAAUGCAAAUCAAAUCCAUGUGGUGUUGGCACCUGUGUGGAUGGUAUCAACAGCUAUUCAUGCAACUGUCCAGCUGGUCUCACAGGACUUGCAUGUCAAGAAGAUGUUAAUGAAUGCAAAAAAAAUCCUUGUUUUCCUGGAGUCCCUUGUUUCAAUAACUUUGGAUCAUACAAAUGUGGAAGUUGCCCAGGCAAAAUGCAGGGUGACGGUCGAUCUUGCAAACGUUUAACCACAGUCCCACAGAACACAAUUACUUGUGCAAAUAAACCGUGCUUCCCAGGAGUUCAGUGUUUCGAUCGGAAGCCACCUUAUGUUGGUUUUGCUUGUGGCCGCUGUCCUGUUGGAUUCUUUGGCACUGGGCGAACAUGUAUGAAGAUCCCACGGCAUGUUUCCCCGCAUGUUGCAUCAAGAUUUCGUCAACACUGGUUUCCCACUAUGAGACCAAGCAACGGGCCAGUUAGGCUGCAGCCAACGAGCCAGAAAACCACUCCUUGGCAUGCUCCUGUGGCCAGCAGAGUGACAAUGGACAAAGCAGUUACUAAAGCAAAACCAAAUCCAGCUCCCAGGACAGAUAAGCCAUACACGACUUUGAGCUUGUCUUCUUCCAUGAGCACUUCAUCUCAGGACAUUGCCACUGCUAUCACAGGUGCUGCUCUAAGUUCUGGAACCAUAUCUCAAGUUGCUGUUCAGCCCAAAGUUCUACAAAAGACAACCAUGUUUUGGAGACCUGCUGCCUCUGCACUGCGAGCUGUGACAGCAUCCAUCACCCACAUCAGUAAUGAGUUAGUUCCUACCGAGAAAAAGGUCACCUGUGCUGACAUGCCUUGCUUUAAUGGAGUCGCCUGUGAGCCCACACAGUUUGGAAGCUUUAAAUGCGGGCGAUGUCCUUUUGGAUACACUGGUGAUGGUGUUACGUGUAAAGCCAUUUGCAGAUACCCUUGUGGAAAGAAUAUGGAAUGCGCAGCUCCCAACACAUGUCGUUGCAAGUCUGGCUACACUGGAUACAACUGUCACAUAGCAAUCUGCCGGCCUGACUGCAAAAACAGAGGAAAGUGCAUCAAACCAGAUGUGUGUGAGUGUCCCCACGGAUACAAUGGCCUGACCUGUGAAGAUGCUCUCUGUGUUCCACUGUGUGAACAUGGUGGAUCUUGUAUAGCCAGAAAUACCUGCUCUUGCCAUUAUGGAUUUGUGGGACCAAGAUGUGAAACAAUGGUUUGCAAUAGGCACUGUCAGAAUGGUGGAAACUGCGUUUCUCCUGAUGUUUGCAAAUGUAAGGCUGGGUGGUCGGGACCCUCCUGUGAAACAGCUGUUUGUACCCCUGUGUGUCUUAAUGGUGGAAUCUGUGUUCGACACAACAUAUGCAUCUGUCCUCGUGGUUUCUAUGGGGUUCACUGUCAGAAUGCUGUUUGCAAUCCCCCCUGUAAGAAUGGUGGUCACUGUAUGAGAAACAAUGUGUGCUCCUGUCUUGAUGGCUAUACAGGACGAAGAUGUCAGAAGAGUGUCUGUGAGCCAAUGUGCAUGAAUGGAGGGAAGUGUGCGAGCCCAGAUAUUUGUGACUGUCCUUCAGGGUGGAAAGGGAAGCGAUGCAAUCAACCAAUUUGUCUGCAAAAAUGCCAGAAUGAUGGAGAAUGUGUGGGACCAAAUACCUGUCACUGUCAGCCUGGCUGGGAAGGAAUGCUGUGUCAAAUCCCGAUCUGUGAGCAGAAAUGUUUGUUUGGAAGUAAGUGCAUCAGGCCGAAUGUGUGCGCCUGCAGGAGAGGAUACAUGGGAUUAGCCUGCGCUAGAAAGCUUCCAGUUGGACGAGGAUAAUGACCCUGAAGUGUCAGAGCUGCUUAUUCUGACCUCUUCACAGUGAAAUGGUGCAAAGGAAACAUCACUGUGUCUACAUCAUAUCAAUACAUCUCAGAGAAGUGGUCUGGAAGUGUUCCACAAAAAGUAUCACCACAUAAUUGAAAAUAGUAAUUGCAGGAAGUAAAGGUGUUGUAAGUUAUUGUAUAAUUUAUAUAUAUCUAUAUAUAUAUAUAUAUAUAUCAAUUAAAUGCAAUUUUCAAAUCAUGUUACAGGAUCAUUCAUUGUACUUUUCAUUCUGCAUUUCUGUUGCCAGUAUUCCCCUGUAGUCUGACUACCUCAUAAAUAUAGUUUGUUGUUUUCUCAUGGGGCUUAAGUUCUCAGCUGAGACAGCUAAACUUCACACUGCAGUAUCUGCAAGUUUUAUCUCACAGCACAUGACCAUUGACUUACAUUAUAUGUAUGCAUCAUUACACCACUCUGUCCAUUGCUUUUAUUGUAGUGGUGCUAAUGCUUUUGACACAUGUAUUGAUUUUUAUUCCAAUAUGAUGCAACUAACAUUGCAGUAGCUGUCCCUGUUUUGUCAUUCUCCCUGCAUGUUUUGCACCCCUAAGAUUUAAUGGAAAUUAGCCCACAGCACAGAGCCAACCAACUUGGCACCAAUUAACAUUCAUAUCCAGAAAGAGCACAAAGGUGACUAAUGGGGAGAAAUUGAAUUGUCAGUCUGGUGCAGUAAGAGUAGUGGACAUAAGGCACAUUGUUGGAGCAAAGAUUAGGCUGCACUGCUGCACCUGAUCAGUGCUAUUCUUGACCCAGAGGUGCUCAAUGCUGAGACCAGCUGCCAACAAUGGAAAAUGUUCCAUUCCCCAUUACUGACAUCCCUCAGUUGAAUGUCAACAAAAUAUACUUUGGAAAAUUGAGUCCUCAUCAACAGAGGCUACACUUUACUUUUUGAAGAAUGCAAAUUUUGCCAAGUGUAGGGAAAGAAAUCCUAAUCGGAGCCUUAAAAUCCUUUUGAUUCACCAGUAAGAUUCAGUAUUUGUAUCAAAUUAUGUCAUCCAUUUAUAACAAAUGUAAACACAAUAGUGUAUUUUAAAAUGGUCAAACAUUAGUUUGUGAAUUAUAUUUACAAAUUUGUCCAUGUCUUACAUGGACUGUCAGGCAAGGGACAGACUUUCAAUGACAAUCAGCCUUUUCAAAAGGUCAAAACCAUUUCAUAGCCAUACAAUUAUUCCACAUCUGAUGUAAAAUGAGCAGAAAGAGUGAAGAGUUUGACCAAUUUGUGUCUCUUUCAAAGAGCUGGCACAGGGACCAUAGGCCGAAUGGCCACCUGAACUAUAAGAUGAAUGUCUGAAGAAAGUAGGGAUUGUGCCAUAUGUAGGGUAGAGUGCAAUGAUAUGAAACAGUAACUGAUUCAAUUUGAGAGAAUUACUUAAGCUCCAGGCAGAAGAUUUACUCAGUAUGCUUUCAGCACCACUACAGUGUUGUCUCUUAGAUUUCAACAUGGCAUUUCGUGUAGCCACACUCAGCAUUUUGUUUAUCCCACUAGAAUUCAGUACAACACAAUACUGCAUGCAUGACAUUCUGAUACUAUAUCCACUUAAAGUUAUAAUAUUACAGAACUGAAAAUCUAAAUUUAUCAUCACAAAUGUUUGCCUGGAAAAGGCAAUUUUUUUUUUAUUUAACACAAAGGUAAAGUUCAGGUGCUUAAAACUCUGUCACUGGGAACAGAAAUUUGAGGUCAGUGAAUGAAAGGUAUCAUAUUGGCACUCCAUUGAAAUGCAGUGGGUUAAUUGUGGUUUUAUUUUCCUAUUGCUAUCAGUACAGUACGCAUAAUAACAACGCUGCCAUACUGGGAUUUCCCUCAACAAACUACCGGUUAUUAUUUUUUAAGCUUUAUACAGAAGCUGAUUAUGGAAUUUGUUAUAUAAGAGGAACUAGAAGCAAGCUGUCAUUGCAUCCUCGGACUGAAUUUUCACCCUCACAAAAGCAGGCUGAGGGUCAGUAGGGUACCCGCCGGCAGGCAGCAGGUAGCCAAUUAAGGAGAACUAUUGAUCUAUUAAGGCCUAUUGUCAGACUACCUGGAAUUUUCCAGUCGCCUUGUGGGCCCCCUGAGGGAUCGGGUAUAGGGGCUUCCUGGUGGCACUCCUUGCAGCCAUUCUUUAAGGCCUUACUUGCCCACCUGACCUCAGCUUCAGCUAUAGGCUGCUGCCUCCACCAUGGUGACCAGGUUGCUGAAACUAUUUUUUAAUUUAAAACUUUUAAAAGUUGCAGAGAGGAUAACUCAACAUAGAUGUGUCAUCUCUCUCUCCCUCGCUCACCUGAACUGCAUACUACUGCUCUUUCUGAGCGGGAAGGCCUCCUAUUGGUCCUCCAGCUUCAAGAGCCUGCCGACCCGUCCUUAAUUGAAUGGCGAGUCCACCUUCUCGUCACUAAUUGGCCAAUUUGGGGAAAAUCACUGAGGAGUGACUGAUUCCCACACAGUGCAGGGUGGUGAACUCCUACCCCUAGUGGUCAACUUACGCUAACUGGACUAAUGCAGAAGAUUAGGGCAACUUCAUGAAUUUUAUAGUUUCUCCCACCAGUUUUCAACCAACAGCAUUGAGAUCGAAAGCAAUACAUGGAUAUUUCUCCACACUUCCCACUUUUUGUAACUAUAACUAACUUAUUAAUGGUUGAAUGAAAAUAUUAGUUUUAUGGAGUUUUUUUGUACAAUUUACUUUUGUAUAUAAUAACGAAAUUUUGUGUGUAUCCUUAUAUUGUUCAAGUAAAAUCACACUUGUAAUAUUUCUUCUAGUUCAUUAUUGAAAGCUAUUAUUGAUUUCAGAAUGUAUAUAGACCUGGUGCCAAGACAGUUAUAUAAUCUUCAUAUAAAUGAAUAAAAUGCUUUGACAAAUGA